UUUAAUUGUGUGUGCUACCCAAAGGAAAGGAUGGGUAGUAAGGAACCGACUGAUUACUUUACGAGAGAUCUUUUGAAUUGUAGAAAUUUGUUGAAUCUGGAAGACACCCCAUCUUUUGGGGUUGACUUCACUUGGAAUAGAGGGAAUGGAUGGGCUAAACUGGACAGGGUGUUGGUUAAUCAAUACUGGAAGACCAAUGGACUUCAUUGUGUGGCUGAAUUCCUAGAUUUCGAUAUGAUAUCAGACCAUUGUCCUGUACUAGUGUCUCUGUUGUUUAAUGAACUAGGUGGUCAGUAACCCUUUAAAUUCUUUAACAUGUGGAUGCAACACCCGAAAUUUAAGGAAUUGAUCAGAAAGUGUUGGGAGGUCGAUGUUGAUGGGUGCUCUAAACUGAAACGCCUGAAGAUCCCUCUUAAGGAGUUAAACACAAACGAGUUCUCUCAUAUCUCAGCACGGGCUAAGGAGGCUAAAGAAAGAUACAGGGAAAUACAAAAGCGACUUUUUCUAGACCCGGAUAAUCCUUAUCUGAAAGAAGAGGUCCAGAGUAUUAGAAAGAAGGGCACUUUUCUUUCUGAGGCAGAAUUCUUAUACUUCAAACAAAGGGCAAAAAUUAACCAUCUGAUUAAGGGAGAUAUGUGCACCAAAUAAUUUCAUUCCAUAGCUAAAAGGAAUUCUGCCAGAAAUUCUAUCUCUUCCCUUCAAAAAUCUAAUGGAUUGAUGACCACUUCAACUGCUGAGGUCAUUCUGGAAUUGAAAAACUACUUUACUGAUAUUCUUGGGAAGGCACCCCAGUGCAAACUCAUGGAAGAUGAGGUGAUUAAGAAUGGAAGAUUGGUUGAUCCUGAAAUGGCAGAUAAACUCGAGGCUCCUAUUACUCCCAUAGAGGUGAAGGAAGCACUUUUUGACAUAGGGGAAGACAAAGCACCAGGGCCAGAUGGAUUUUCAUCUGGUUUCUUUAGAAAAAAUUGGGAAGUGGUGGGCGGUGACUUUACCAAUGCCGUGUUGGAAUUUUUUGCUCAUGGGAAGUUGCUGAAGCAGGUAAACCAUACUACUAUUGCUUUAAUCCCUAAGAAAUCCCAUAAUCCUACUGCGGCUGACUAUAGGCCCAUUGCCUGCACCAAUGUUCUUUACAAGACAAUCUCUAAGAUUUUGGCUAAUCGGAUUAAACCCCUUCUCUCUGGUAUCAUUGAUCAUGCACAAAGUGCGUUUGUGGAAGGUAGAGGAAUAACAGACAAUAUUUUUCUUGCCCAGGAACUGGUUAGGGGCUAUACCCGAAAAUUUAUUUCUCCGAGAUGUCUGAUUAAGGUGGAUCUUAAGAAAGCUUAUGAUACUAUGAGUUGGGCAUUCUUGAAAGACGUGCUCAAGGCUUUAGGCUUCCCUACUACCGUUAUAUCUUGGAUUUGGGAAUGCAUCAGUACAACUUCUUUCUCAAUUUCAGUAAACGGGGUGCUACAUGGGUUUAUUAAAGGAAAGAGAGGCCUUAGACAAGGGAUCCUUUGUCCCCUACACUGUUCUUACUUUGCAUGGAAUAUCUCUCCAGGUUGCUAAUGAUGAAAACAUCUGACUCUGAUUUUAACCACCACCCUAGGUGUAGAAAAAUGAAAAUUUCACACCUGAUUUUCGCUGAUGAUUUGAUGCUUUACUCUAGAGGUGAUAUGCGCUCUAUCCAAGUUCUUAUGCGUUGUUUAGAUGAAUUUCAUGAUGUUUCUGGUUUAGCCGUCAAUAUAACUAAAUCUAGUAUUUUCCUUGCCGGGGUUAUUGGACAAGAAAAGGAGGAUAUUUUGGCUAUGGUUGGUAUCCCUGCGGGGCAGUUUCCAGUGAGAUACUUGGGUGUACCUCUGGCACCUCUCAGAAUAUAUGUGGCACAGUACUCCCCUCUGGUGGAAAAAAUUGAAGAAUUCACUCUAAAAUGGAAGACUAUAAAUAUGAGCUACGCUGGACGCCUUGAACUGAUUAGGGCUGUCAUACAAGGUGUACAAUCCUACUGGAUCCAGGUCUUUCCCAUGCCUAAUGCGGUAAUGGACAAGAUUAUAAGCCAUUGUAGACAGUUCUUAUGGGGAGGACCAAAUGCUAAGGCUGCUUGGAUUGAUGUGUGUAAACCAAAAGAGGAGGGGGGUCUGAGACCGAAGGACUGCAAAAUAUGGAACUCUGCAUUAGUAUCUAAAACUCUUUGGAAUAUUCACAUGAAAAAACACUCAUUAUGGGUGAAAUGGGUUCAUAGUGUGUACUUGAGGGGUAGUUCCAUCUGGGAUUGGACACCUCAAUCUGGAGUGUCCCCAUUGGUGACCAGAUUGAUUAAAAUCAGAGAUCAGCUUUGCAACUUAUUGGGAGGUCAGGCUGGUGUCAUUAACAAGUUCCUCUCCUUCUACGAUCAAGGUAAACUUAAAUCCGGUAUGGUCUAUGAUAUCAUGAGAACUAAAAGUCAUUGCAAACCAUGGAUGAGGCUCAUAUGGAAAAAUUAUAUCCCUCCUAAACUCUCUUUUAUCACAUGGCUUGGGUUACAUAACAAAUUACCUACUUGUGAUAAUUUAUUGUAUAUAGAGAUGGAUAGAUCCUGCUGUUUUUGCAAAUCACAUAUGGACUCAGUUGACCACUUGUUCUUUAAGUGUCAAUUCACUCUGGGGUUUGGCAGCAUGUUAGACAUUGGUUGAAGAUUAGGAAAAAUACAUCUACACUUCUUAGCACUAUCAAAUUAUGUAGCAAGGAGUAUGGAGGAACAAGGAUAAUGAGUAAGACUAUUCCGUUAGCCUUUUGUUGUACAGUUUAUGUUGUUUGGAAAACUAGAAACCAAACCAUUUUUGCCCAAAAGGUGACUUCAGUCAAGAAUGUAUUUCUGGAGAUCCAAGGUCUUGUGUACAAGGUGCUUCUUAGGCUUUAUCCCUCUAGCCUCAUUGAUUUUUGAAGAUUGAUAUUUGGGUGUAGUUCUUUAAAGGUUUCUGAUGCAUUAGUAUUGUCUGUUUUGUUAUAAUAUGUUGCUGAUAAUUGACAGGGGUAUGUCCCUUUUGUUCACGUACUUAACAUUUUUGGCAUUUUUAAUAUAUUUACCGUUCAUAAAAA